AUGGCGGCGCUGGACCGGGGCCUGGCCGAGCUGGUGUCGGGCUGCGCGGUGCGGGCCGGCGGUGCGGGCCUGGGCCUGGGCGUGGGCGGGGUCUCGGCGCGAGGGCGGGCUGGGCCGGGGGCUGCGCGCUGGGGGGCCCCGCCGGCCCCCGCCCCGCCGCCCCGCAGCCCCGGACCCGCAGGAGCGGGCCUGGCGGCCGCCGCGGCCCCCUCCGCCGCCCUGGAUGCUUCGCGGGCCCCCGCGGGCGGGGGCCACCCUCGUGCCUCUCUCUUCUGCAGGAGGAAGCACAGGAUGGACGCCGAGCCCGAGGGCUGUCCUGCAAGCAAGAAGCGGCCCGCUGAAGCAGAGCUCUGCCCCCCGACUCCCGCCCUGGAGCAGUGGAUGCUCUGCGCGGGCCAGACGCCUCACCAGUGCCCCAGCGGCCUUCCUCGCGCACCUGGCCCGCUCGAAAUCCCCUGCGAAGAGAUGGAGCAAGCAGCGGGUGAGCAGCAGUGCGAGGCUGCCCGCAGGAAGCUUCAGGAGAUCGAGGCCAGGAUAACUGAUGAAGAUGAAGACGAAGAUGGGCUGGUGGAGGCGCCUCUCAGCAAUUUGCCCACCCUUGUCCUGUCCGACACACUUAAAACAGGACUGAAGAGGGAUUACACUGGAGACCUGACAAAGAAAAUAGUAGAGUCCAUGAGUCGUCCCUCCAUGGAGCUAGUAGUCUGGAAGCCUCUCCCUGAAUUCCUCACCAAAAAAGCAAAGGCUGUUUCUGUUAAAAACUACAAGCUGACGGCAGAAAGGUGCCCUGCAAAACCAGCAACCCUUGGAGCUGCUUUCUGCCUGCAGACAGGAAAGUUCUCUGAGCUGCAGCCAACAGAGAUGCCUUCCGCUUUCUACAGCGCCGUGGAACCUCCUACUGGGUGCUCAGAAGAGGAGAUGGAGUUGUAG